CUUCUCCUGGCCGAAAUCAACUUACGUCUGCCACUGAGACCACGACAUGGAGAAUUGAUGUUCCUAACAAUAAGGUUGGCGUACUUAUUGGAAAGGCUGGAGAUACAAUAAAAUACCUGCAAUAUAAUUCUGGUGCCAAGAUUCAGAUAACUAGGGAUGCUUAUGCAGACCCUCAAGCUGCAACAAGGUCUGUGGAACCGAUAGGAAGUUCGGAAAGUAUAUAUAAAGCAGAAAAGCUGAUAAGUGCUGUGAUUGCGGAGGUCAGAUGCUGUAACCAACUGGAAGAGUUGGGCUCCUUUUUUUUCUUUACCAUGUUCCACACUUUAUUUUCUUUUUUGGAGAUUCUACAGGCAGAUGCUGGGGGGUCUCCUGCUCUUGUAGCUAGUGGCCUUUCUCCUGCUCAAGCUACUAUGGGGUCUGAACAAAUUCAGAUACAAGCUCCAAAUGAAAAGGUGGGUUUAAUCAUAGGGAGAGGUGGGGAAACAAUUAAAGGUCUGCAAAUGAAAUCUGGGGCAUACAUCCAGGUAUUGAUACCUCAACAACUUCCAGAAGGAGAUGAUUCUAAAGAAAGGACUGUCCAAGUUAGUAAUUUAGUGAUAAAAGAAGUCAUGGGUCAGGUCUUUUUUUUUAUACUCUAUCUAUAUCCCGUGCUGAGACAGUAUUAGUAGUUUAGUGAACAGUUGUGCUUAAUAGUUCUUUCAUUGAUCCUUAUAAUUUUGCAUUGUCUCUAAGUUAAUGAUAUUUGUUCUUAUCACAAUAUUUAUGUCAUGUCUCUGUUUAGAUACAACUCAUGAAUUAGCUUGGUCUCCUAUUGAAUCUGAGAACAAUUUGCAUAUUAAUUUUUGUUGAUUUGGAGCAACCUUUUAAUCUUGUACUACUGCGUUCAUACUCUUAUUCAUACCAACUUUGGUUUCUUCGGGGAUUUGAAUGGGUAACUAAGAUGCAUACAUCACCUUUCACUUUGGAGUUAUUGGGUAAUAGCUUACUACAUUUUUUGUAGAGUUUUGUUGUUUUUGGGAAACGCUAAACUACUAGAAGUACUAUGUAGAAGGAUGUCAUUAUUUCCACCUUCUUGAAAGCAUGCCUAGUAGGUGGUUGAUUUUACAAAUUUUCUAUAAUUACAAGGUCAACUUGUUACUUAAGUUGAAACUGUCAUGCAAAAUCCUAGAACAUUGAAGAAUGAUUGUUUGUGGAUAAGAAUCUUUGUAAAAUAGGGAUCUAGAUAUUCGUAUGUAGUGUGCCUGUAUGAUCCAUUUAUGGAACUGUUGUAUUAAUUGUUGCCAUACAAGUGAGAUAGAUCACCUGAAGGGUGUUCGUGAGUCUGGAAAUUGAUCAAUAAUCCAUGCCAACACCAAUUAAAAUGAUCUAGGGAGAUCGUAUGUGUAUAUGAUGAUGUCAGUUGAAUAAUUUAUUUAUCUUGAAGGUGCCAAUUUCGAAUUGGUUGGAUUUAAAACUGCAGAUUUGGCUAUUGCCUUUCCCUGGGGUCAGCAUUGCUUUCUUGAUGUAGCAUAGACAACAUAUUCACUCUCAUCCACUGAAGAGAGGUGGCAGGUAUUAGAACCUCAGAUUGCAGGAUGUUUAAUGGUUAGUAAGAUUGCUUCAAGACUUAAAAGUUAAAAAUCAUGAUUCAGUAAGACUGUUGUGCUGGCCUUGGUGCUCAAAUAGAGCUGCUGUGUGAUUUGCAUGAGAUCGAAGGAAAGAGUAAUUCUUGGUUAUGUCGUCUAAUGCUUAUAACUGUGUUGGAGUUGUACUCUGUGUCUAUUUAAUUCUGUAAGGAAAAUACCAAAUUAAACAACUCAUGUGAUCAGAGAUGAGUUUAAGUAUAUUGUGUUAUUGUACCUAACAUGUCUUUGACCUAAUGAUUCACUUGGUUGAAAGGACUAAAUAUUGGAUUGA